UAAAAUCAUAAUUGCAAAAUAAUUCAUAUUAAAGGAGAUCCAACAAGUUACUGGUAUAAGAAAAAUGCCAUGGGUAUUAAUAAACUGUAUGGACUGGUCAAGGAAAUGAAUUCCUCUGCUGGGAUUGACAGUGACAAGAGAUUUACAAAUCAUAGUAUGAGGAAACAUCUUGUACAGAGGCUAUCUGAUGCCGGAGUUCCAGCCAACCAGAUUACACAAAUAUCGGGGUACAAAAAUGUCAACAGCAUUAACAACUACAGCAAAAUAAACAACAACCAAAACAGAAAUAUAUCUUCUAUUUUGACAUCGGCUGAUAAACCGACAAUCUUGCCUAUAAAGGAACAUCAUUCCGCGUCUCAGACGAUUACUCAAACCCUAUCGAGCACCCACAAUCAAACUAUAUCGUCGUGCCAGUCCCGCAUUGAUUCGGAUAUAAGAUCCACCUGUAUGGAAACAGUCUUUCGGGACAAGUUAUAUUCAAUAUUUCGUACGGGAGCAGCGAGCACAUGGCUGACACGUCGUGCAUCCCAGCCCAUCAAGACGCAAAUGAAAACCCUCCAGCUAAAAUAUACAAACGAAUCUUACCUUUAG